GGAGCGAGCGAAACACGACACCCCGAGGACGGAGAGACGCACGGGGGGAGGAGAGAGUAGCACUGAAUGGUGUGAGAGAGUGGAGGACUUAAAAAAGUCUACAGAAAAAGAGGUUCCUCUCUAAACGGUAAUUUCUGUCAAAGAAGUAACAAAGCCUCGCGGCGGAGGGAUGUCAAACAGCGACGAAGAUGCGGUUGAGACGGAGUAAACAGCGACCGGACAGUUAGCGAAACAACUUGUUAGAGGAGAAGAGAAAGGUUUUCGGCUGGCUCGAGUCGGGACGGUUGGUCGCUUUCCGCCGCAACUUGAUUUCAGGCGAGUUACUGGACGAGAGGCGAGGUCCGACAGCGAGGUCUUGACCGCUUGGCUCCCAGGAAAGCAAGCCCUUCGCUCGGUUUGCUCGGUCGGCAGAGAGCCGGGGAAACGGACCGAGAGAGCGCGGCGGCUCGGUAACACAGAGAGCCGCUGAAGCCGCAGCUCAAAAAGUUUGCCGUGUAUCUUCACCUAGUUUUCCAGAUUGGGAACUAGAGGGGGAGGAAGAGGCCGACAGACUGACUUUUCUUUCCACAAGCAACUGUGUGGAAUUCAUCCUGUUUGAUCCUAACUUUAGCCGGCCAGCUAAAGUAGCUAAAGCAGAAAAAUGAAAACACCUGGAGACAGCGGGAUCGCCUUCCCAGAAUGGGCUUACAAGCCUGAGUCUAGCCCCGGGUCCAGACAGAUCCAGCUGUGGCACUUCAUCCUGGAGCUGCUCAGGAAAGAAGAGUACCAUGACGUCAUCGCCUGGCAGGGGGACUACGGCGAGUUCGUCAUCAAGGACCCGGAUGAGGUGGCCCGGCUGUGGGGGGCCAGGAAGUGUAAACCCCAAAUGAACUACGACAAGCUGAGCAGGGCUCUCAGAUACUACUACAACAAGAGGAUCCUCCAUAAGACCAAAGGCAAGAGGUUCACCUAUAAAUUCAACUUCAAUAAACUUGUUUUGGUCAACUACCCCUUCAUCGACAUGGGCUCCACUGGAAGCAGUGUGCCUCAGAGCGCGCCUCCCGUCCCCACCGGUGCAGGGACUCACUUUCGCUUUCCUCCUUCAACGCCCUCCGAAGUCCUCUCCCCAAACGAGGACCUGCGCAGCCCUGGUGGCAUGUUCAGCUCUGUGGCCCGACGGAUGGCACGAGGCUCCGUCAGCGAUUGCAGCGAUGGCACCUCGGUCAAUUCUGAGAUUGAGGAGGGCAACACGGGAGCUGGGGAGGAAAGGGGAGAAAGGGGUGUGAGUGGAGGAGGAGGACCCGGUGGUGGUGGUGGAGGAGGAGGUUACCGGAGUAUCAUCCAUCCCCGUCUGUCUCAUGAAACCCUGUUCCGCAUGUAUGGAGGGCCAGGUAACCCUGCUGGGCACCCAGGCUCCCGUGGUCACACAGGGCACCGGAUCCACCCCGAGUCUCUGUCACCCUUCCCUGUGUCCCCUCUGCCAGGGCCGGGAGGAGCUGGCCUCCUGGCUCCUCCUUUGUCCCCAGCGCUCUCCAUGACCCCAACAUCUCACCUCCCCUACACCCCUUCACCCACCCUGUCACCCAUGUUAGGCUCCCACUUCUCCUUCAACCCAGAGGACAUGAAGCGCUACCUACAGGCCCACACCCAGUCGGUGUACAACUACGGCCUCAGCCCCAGAGCUUUCCUCCAGUACCCCAACAUUGUCAUCCCUCAGCCCCACCGGCCCGCCGCAGACAAGGCCGGUCUGACUGGAGAGAGGGGAGCAGCCGAGAGAGCAGAAAGAGCAGCGACGGCAGGGGGAGGAGAGAGGGGAGGAGAACGGCACCACCAUCCACCUCUGGGUCACUCCGCCCACCACCACCCGCAUCCGCCUCAUUCUGCCCACCCUCACACCCAUUCUCAUCCCAUGCAUCACCCACUCCACCUGGGUGAGGAGCCUCCACACAUGUCUCCCUUCAAGUUCAAGCUGCAGCCACCACCACUGGGAAGGAAGCAGAGGGAGAGUCAAAGCCAGAGUAAACCCAGGCAGAGCUCCCUGUCCUCAGGAUCUGGGUCCAUGUCGUCUACCUCUGGCCUGGGCUCCUCGCUGUCGUUCGGUAGUGACCUGAGCUCAGCCAGCGGCUCAGGCCUCCUCUCUGCCUCAUCCUCAACGCAGUCCCUAAACAGCGCAGGACUUCCCAAGAUAAAGGUGGAGCCCAUCUCUGAUAUCGAGUCAGAGGAAGAGGUGGAGGUCACUGACAUAAGUGAUGAGGACCCAGAUGAGAGAGAUGAGGAGUUUGAUCUCUUCUCCUCACGCCACUCCAGAGCCCCUGACAACCACCAUCACCACCACCUUGCUAACGGCACAGCUGCGCCCCAGCAUCAACCCCAUCCUGACGAGGACCUGGACGAGGAUGUCUUCAAAGCCCCUGCUCCGCCUCCACCUGGCCUGAUGCCCUUCUUCACCUCGCAGCACACACACUCCAAUGUGCAUCGUAUGCUGCCCACCCUCAAGAGUGAACCCACUGAACCAGGGGAAGGUAACACCCCUCCACCUCAGACGGGCUCAGUGGGAGCUCCCCAGACAAAGUGCAUCCCCCUCAAGCUGCGCUUCAAGAGGCGCUGGAGCGAAGACCAGCGCAUGGAGGCCUCGCAGGAGGAGUCGGACGACAAGAAAGUACGACCAGAGGAAGAGAUGGAAAGAGAGAGGCAAAGUAAUGGACGGAUGGAGAUGGAGGAGGACGGGACAGGCAGCGGAGAAGGGGACAGUCCUCCCCCGUUGGCGUACGAGGGCUCUUUAGCCACGCCAUUGGCCUCACAGCGGAGGGUGAGCGCUGAGCUGCAUCGUGCCACUGCCCAGCUGUCUCUGGAGAACAAAGACUGCUGAUGAGAGACACAGCCCAAACACUACUGCUCUGGAAGCACUGGAGGUGGAACAGGAGUAUGUAAAUGUCCCCUCUGUAAUCCCUUUCCCACACUGACAAACUAGAUUCCUGAAACCUCCAGUGAACUGAGCGCUCAGUCCAACAUACACGCAUAGAAAACCAACACCUCAAAGACUCGUGUUCUGUCAGUUCUGCCCCCACCAAUUCUCUGUCUGGAUCAGGGCUCCUCUGGGACACAUCCUUUGGGAGGUGGGACUCACUCAGACUCAGCCAUCCCAGGCACAGUGAGUGUAACAGGGCUGGUAUCUGAGGGAGGCUCCCUCAUGAUGCUUGGCUCCAAGAUCCCCUCCCACCUGGCCAGUGAAGCUCCAGAUGCCCUGCCCCAGUAGCACAGCUCCCGCCUUCAGGCCCCAUCAGUAGGAUCAGCAGCCUGUCAGCACUUUCCUCAGGGGACACACACUCCCUUAAAACUCAGCAACACACCUAGAAUGAGGAUGUGCACGAUCUCCCCUAUGCUACUUUUCCUAUAAGCUGACGGGACUUUGAUAAGUGCCUGUAUCUAAAAACCCACAGCCCUGGAGUGACAUGGAAGAGAGCAAAGAAAGGAGAGGACUGAAGUAAUCAAUCUUUGACUCAUGAAACCCUUGUUACGUUUGACAGAUACUGAAAAAUCAUGGGGGGAAAAAAGGAAACUGUGUCUCCAAGACUGAAGAGUGGGGCUGUUGGGUGUUGUCUGACUGACUCUUAAACCUGGCCCACUCCACUCAGGGAAGCCUAUUGCUGUAUGUUUAUCGGAUCCAUACACACAAGCACACACAAGCAAAAAAUAAAAACAACAAAACAGCCAACAGUGAAGGGGAUUCACAUUGGAAGCAUUGCUUAUGGACACUUAACAGUGUUCACCGCGACGCAAGACUCAACACACGUUCACAUUUACACAUCCACAGACUUUGACUCUGGCACACUGUUCUCUCAGAGCUAUUGACUUUUGUAUAACCUUCCUUCUGUCUCUCUCCUGUCCUGCCCCUCUUUCUCUUGCGGACCACCUGUGGAAAGAUCACGACUCCACUCACAGAAAUAAUUUUAACCCCAGGGAGAUGUGAGGAGAGGAAAAGAGAAAAGUGAAGAAGUACUUCAGCGUAGAGAAAAGGACUGCUGAGGGGACCAUGAGGAGAAGGCAGCGGGGGGAGGGGAAGGGUUUGAGGGGUUCCAGUAACCGUUAACUAGCCUUCUCACCUCACCUAACAUGGCUUGUACACUGAAAAUUGUUUCGCGGAAGUCCCAGCAGCACAGAAUCCUAGUUCACCAGCUAAAGCUCCUCUAACAAUCAUAGAUAGUGUUAAACUAAACCAGCAAAACACACACAAGCACACACACAUGCACAACACUGCCUUUAGCUCUUAAACAUGCUCCCUCUUGCUCUCUGUCCGGACCUCCAGCUCUGUAGUGGCGUCAUCCUCAGAUGGUGUGCGUGUGUGAGACUGCCAGGCCUGUUAACUACACGAGUGUGAGAGUCUGAGAGAGCAGAGAACAUCUUAGACCUCUCACACACACACACACACACACACACACACACACACACACACACACAGACAC